UUUUUUAAUGAUUUUUCAGAGAAAAUGUUGCGUGUUCUGGGUCGUCAGGCCGCCGGAAGAAUUCCAACAACUACUCAACAAACUUUAUCACAAUAUGAAUCAAUGAUAACAGAUUGUGGCAUGGCACGUAGUUUACAGACAGCAGUAAAACCAUUUAAACCAAAUAGGUCACAGCUUCUCUCUAAAGAGGAUCUAUGGAGUGCACCGUUCUUUCCUACAUCAACAAAUAGAAUUUUAGAGAAAACUCAGAUUUUAUUUAAAAUAAGUCCCAGUGACAAAAUCCACAAAUUAUAUCAGUUCACGCCGUCAGAAAGCAGACUUUCCCUGGUGGAGCCUGGAACGGGAAAAUCUGAGAGAGCUCCAGAAAACGAAAAGAAACCAGAUCUAGAAAAAAUAUCCUUUGAGUUAACCUACGAGUUAACAAAUUUGUUCGUGAGGAAAACAGAUUGGUCCCUCUACCAUCCAAACAUGGUUUUUCAGGAAAACAUAAAAUCAGGGAAGCGUAUUGAAGGAUUGCUGAACUAUAUAAAGUUUGUAAACCUCCUCCGUAUUAUGGCUCACAUUAAGUUUGUUUACGUCAGAUUUCACGUAUUAAACUUGACAAAGCACCCCGAGGACGGAACUAUAAGAAUCAGAUGGCGUAUAGCGGGCCUGGGUGUUACGCGGCUAGUCCUCCGAUAUAUCCCGGACCAGAUGUGGAAACGAGGAAAUAUGGAUAGUGCUUCACCCUCCUGGUAUGAUGGAUAUUCUGUGUUCUAUGUUGGAGGGGAUAACAAGAUAUAUAAACAUAUAGCAGACAAGAGGAUGCCGGAUGAAGAAAAGAAGGAAAAAUCCAUUCAAGAGGGUAUGGUUGAUCAAUUAAAGAAACUGAAGCCUACUCCUGCGCCUAGUCCGGCAUUGUAAAUCCGCGGAAAAAGAAAACAAGAAAAUCCGCCAAUAUUCAUUCUGUGUUAAAGGAAGAGACCGGCUGGACAUGGUAUUUGAGCAGAAAGUGCAGUGCUGUAGAGAAAAACAAUUUGAUACCAAUGAGACAUUUUUACGGUGUACAAUUUUUAAUUAAGAGCCUGAAGUCGUUUGUUAUAUUUCACCGUCGUUUCAGUCAGCAGAGGAAACGAUUUUUUGCAUUUCUUAAAUAACAAACAAAACAUGUAACAAACACUAUUCUACAAACCAGUUGCAUGACGCAUGUAUAAAAACGAGUUGAUAAAAAUAAUGAAGUUAUACCAUUGGAAAUAAGUUAUUAAAAUUCAUUUUAAAAUCUCGCAGGUAUAUGCAAAUUCUUUGUGGUAGGGUCACUAAGGUCACUUGUUGGAGGUUUUCUUUGUUUUGUGAAGGCGACAUUUUGUAGAAAUCUGCGAAUAAUUUUACUCAAUAAAAUAUUUUUUUUUCACAUUUUUGUCUGGGUUAUUAAAUGAUCGUUAGAAACGUUUUUUGUCUCAUUGGGAUCAAAUGAAUCCUAAAGUUUUGCUCUACAAUACUUUCACUUUCAGCUCAACUACCAUUUUCAGCCGGUCUCUCCCUCUAAGUGUACACUGUACACUGUACAAUAAAGCCCUUCAUGGCACCAAGUUUGGAAAAAUUGUACAAAGUACAAAUAAGGACAGUGUACAACGAAUAUUUUGAAACCUAAAAUUAAGUUAAAUUCAGUCGUUCUUGUCAAAACGAAUCAUUUUAAACUGUCUGAUUCUGAUUCCAAAUAUUGAAUGUGCUUGCAAAUGAUGUUAGAUACAGAUGCAGUUUUUCAUUUGUAGAGCUGUGAUAUUGAAUGUGUGAUUUGAAAUACAAAAUUGGCAUAAUGUUAAAUUAUCAUGUUUUACAGUGUACACCAAGCCAAUGUUAAAUUUACUUUUAUCUAAUAUUGAGCUCCAAGUACAAGAACAGAAAGAAAAAAAUAUCUUUUUUCAG